UGUGUGAUAUCUGUGUAUAUGUGUGGUACAUUACACAGGGCGCUGUUAUACGGAGGGAUGAAGGAGUCUCGUCCGGAGGCGGAGAUCACCCUGCAGGACACAAGCCCUGAGGCGUUCGCCAUGCUGAUGAAGUACAUGUACACGGGCCGGGCCAGCCUGCGGGAGGAGCGGGAGGAGGUGCUGCUGGACUUGAGCUUAGCUCACAAAUAUGGCUUCCCCGAGCUGGAGGACUCCACAUCCGAGUACCUGUGCACCAUCCUAAAGACCCAGAACGUGUGCAUGAUCUAUGACGUGGCCAGCCUCUACUCCCUGUCCAAACUGUGCUCCACCUGCUGUAUGUUUAUGGACCGGAACGCGCAGGAUGUCCUCUCCAGUGACGGUUUCCUGACCAUCUCCAAGGCUGCGCUCCAGGAUAUCGUGCGGAGAGACUCGUUUGCCGCCCCCGAGAAGGACAUUUUCCAGUCUCUGAUGCGCUGGUGCAGACACAACCCCAAAGAGAAUCACUCAGAAAUCAUGGCCUCCGUCCGCCUCCCGCUAAUGAGCCUCACGGAACUGCUGAAUGUGGUCAGACCGUCCACACUACUCACCCCUGACGCCAUCCUGGACGCCAUUAAAGUGCGAUCUGAGAGCCGCGACAUGGACCUCAACUACCGCGGGAUGCUAAUCCCGGAGGAGAAUAUCGCUACCAUGAAGUUUGGGGCACAGGUGGUGAAGGGGGAGCUGAAGUCGGCUCUGCUAGAUGGCGACACCCAAAACUACGACUUGGAUCACGGAUUUUCUCGGCACCCGAUCGAGGAUGACUGCCGCUCCGGCCUGGAGGUGAAGCUGGGGCAGCCGUCCAUCAUUAACCACAUCCGCCUGCUCCUCUGGGAUCGGGACAGCCGGUCCUACUCCUACUACAUCGAGGUGUCCAUGGAUGAGCUGGACUGGAUCCGAGUCAUUGACCACGCCCAGUUUUUCUGCCGCUCCUGGCAGAAGCUCUACUUCCCGGCUCGGGUAUGCAGAUACGUCCGGAUUGUGGGGACCCACAACACAGUCAAUAAAGUCUUCCACCUGGUGGCCUUCGAGUGCAUGUUCACCCACAAGACCUUCACCCUGGAGCAAGGACUGAUAGUCCCCGCAGAGAACGUCGCCACCAUCGCAGAAUGUGCCAGUGUGAUCGAGGGCGUGAGCCGCAGCCGCAACGCUCUGCUGAACGGAGACACAAGGAAUUACGACUGGGACUCGGGGUACACCUGUCACCAGCUGGGGAGCGGAGCCAUCGUCGUCCAGCUGGCGCAGCCGUACAUGAUUGGCUCUAUCAGAUUAUUGCUGUGGGAUUGCGACGACCGCAGUUACAGCUACUACAUCGAGGUGUCUACAAACCAGCAGCAGUGGACCAUGGUGGCCGAUCACACAAAGGUUCCCUGCAGGUCGUGGCAGACGAUCACUUUUGACCGACAAGCGACGUGUUUCAUCAGGAUCGUAGGGACCCACAACACGGCAAACGAGGUUUUCCACUGUGUUCACUUUGAGUGUCCGGCGCAGACAAUCGGCCACAAGGAGGAGAGCGUCAAGGAGGGCUCGUCCAGCGAGCAGGUGGCAUCCAUAACCCUGCGGGUGUCCAGCGCCAACUCGGGGGGCGAGCGCAGCCAGGCGCACUGAGGCUGCGGCCGGACAUUUGUAAUCUCGUCGUCUCCGAGGACGCCGACCUCCGAUGAAUCCUCACUGGAGGGAAAAUUGCUGCUCAAUCUUCAUCAAGACGUUUAUUAGCGCCCCCGCCCGGCCGGUAAUUGAGCAGAUUGCUGCUGAGACCCGUGCGCUGUCGGCAGCGCGCACCGCCGCUAAUUGAGGGAUGUAUUGGCUUCCGGACUAAUUUCUCCUUAUUGAUUAUUUCUUUCCUUUGCGCCGCCCCCUACCCCCCCCCCCCCCCCCCCCCCCCGUGUUUUCGUACAUCAGCUCGUCGCAUGUCACCGUCACCGUGCACUGAACACAAACCGCCCACGAAGAUCACUUAAAUAGCGUCCCGCUCCCUAGAGCUCAAUCCCGUCUCCCAGCGGAUAAACCGGUGGCGUUCAUACCGCCAUCUUGACGUAGACUGACCCGGGAUACUGGGACUGAUUUUGCACUAAACUCUGAAUGGCUGCGCAGCAGAGACGAGCGGGUGGCGACCUCGUCCUCCUACUGGAGCGGACUCUACACAGAGAACAGUCACACUAAUAUAAGUUAUGUUCGGCUACAUCCUCAUCCAGCUUUCCCAGAACCCUGAGCGGCAUGGGUCACCCUUUUUUGGAAAGCAACUUCCGCUUGUUCUUUUCUGAUGUGUUGAGUUGUUGCCCCUUCCCUCUUGACCUAAAUGUAAUCCCAACCCUGACAAUCAGCAGUGACUACCAUAGCGGUUCAUGAACCAGGAAGCCCAGGAUGAGCACAGCUACAGCUCCUUCCGAAAAGAAAGUGCGUUAAAGCACUUAAAUGAGGAAAGUAACAGGAGAGGCCUGGGGUGUACUGUUCAUGAAUCAGGAGGCUCAGGGUGAGCUGCACCUCCCUCUGCAUUGUGAGGCAUUAUGGGUGUGCACAGGACAGAUCUGGUAUCCUGAGAGCUUACCAGGAGGCUCAGGAUGAACAGAGCUACAGAUCCUUUCUAAUAAUGAGCGUGCUGUGGUGCCAAGUACAUGUGACAGGCGGAAGAAGAGACCUGGCAUUCAGUUCAUGAACCAGGAGGCGCAGGAUGAACAGUGCUACAGGUGGAACUUACUAAUAAGGGGCAUGCUGUGGUGCCAAGGACAUGUGAGAGGCGGAAGAAGAGACCUUUCAUUCAGUUCAUGAACCAGGAGGCGCAGGAUGAACAGUGGUUCGACGGAGCAUGGGAUUGGUUGAAGACAAGUGAAUGUAAAUGGUUCAUCAUCAGUGACAACGCUACAUCUGGGGCCCCUUUGUUAGGGCCCCGGGUGGGUUUCUUUUUGUAUACAGCAGACGCUUUGUGUUACUUGGCGGUUGUAUAUGAUGUAAGUUAUAUUGUGUACCUUGUGUUACAUUAUAAAGAAAAGUUUAUACGUC